CGCACAUUUUAAAAAAAGAUCUGAUGGGUACCCUCGAAACAGAUUUUCAGCCACGCUUUCUUAGAAAAAUCUGGAAUUUAACGGCUCUCUCUGUCUUUCUCUCUCUCUCUCUCUCUUUCUCUUUCUCUUUCUCUCUCUCUUCUCUGAAACACACCAACAGAGCCCCCUUUUAAUCUCUCCCACCAAAAGAUUGUCAACAUAUUCUCAGAAUCUUCUGCUCAAUCCUAUACAUAUUUAUAAUUUUUUCUUUUCUGGGUCUCUCUUUCUCUCUCUAUCUGCAAGUUGCUGCACCACCUGAAACCACUAUCAUGUGUGUGAAGGACGCAGAACAAGUUGCCGAAGAAAUGGAAAAUUUGGGGCUCUGCGACCAAGAUAACGCCAAGCCUUGGGCUCUGCAACCCGCAUUGUUGCAUACCCAGAUCGAGAAUUGGGAAAAGGAUUCUCCGGUUGUGGAUUCCGGCGACCGCCCUACCAUGGGGUCUUCUUCGCCCCUAGAAAGCAUUUCUGAGGACAAAACAAUGGAUACAACAGUGGCCUCGGACAGAAAACAGAAUCUAUUAGCAAACUUCAUCCCGUGCCUUCGGUCAGGAGAGUGGUCUGAUAUCGGGGGCCGAAAUCAUAUGGAGGAUACUCACAUAUGUAUUGCUGACAUAGCUAAGAAUUUUGGUGGCAAUAUACUUAAUGAGGAAGCUAUAUCAUUUUAUGGUGUUUUCGAUGGGCAUGGGGGAAAGGCUGCAGCACAUUUUGUCCGAGACCAUUUACCAAGGAUCAUUGUUGAAGAUGCUGAUUUCCCUUUAGAACUUGAGAAAGUUGUCACUAGGUCAUUUAUGAAGACAGAUGCUGCAUUUGCAAAGUCUUGCUCUCUUGAGUCUAGCCUGUCUUCUGGUACGACUGCACUCACUGCAAUGAUAUUUGGCAGAUCAUUGCUUGUUGCGAAUGCUGGGGAUUGCCGGGCAGUGUUAUCAAGACUUGGAGUAGGUAUAGAAAUGUCAAAAGAUCACAGACCUUGCUGUAUAAAAGAAAAGAGACGGGUCGAGUCAUUGGGUGGUUAUAUUGAUGAUGGCUAUUUGAAUGGCCAGUUGGGUGUAACCCGCGCACUAGGUGAUUGGCAUCUUGAAGGGAUGAAGGAAAUUGGUGAAGGGGCUGGGCCAUUGAUUGCAGAACCAGAACUUAAAUUGCAGACGCUGACAAAGGAGGAUGAAUUUUUAAUCAUCGGCAGCGAUGGAAUAUGGGAUGUCUUCACCAGCCAAAAUGCUGUAGAUUUUGCCCGGAGGAGACUUCUAGAGCACAACGAUGUGAGAGUGUGCUGCAAGGAAGUGGUGGAGGAGGCAAUAAAACGGGGAGCGAUAGACAAUCUCACUGUUGUCAUGGUGUGCUUUCACUCAGACCCACCUGCCCAGGCUGCAGUGCAGAAGGUUAGAGUUAGGAGGAGCAUUUCAGCAGAGGGGCUUCAAAAUCUCAAGUAUCUAUUGGAAGGAUAGAACAUUUCACUACUUGGAGAAUAGAUUUAAUCAACAAUAAUUAGUUGUAUUAGUUGUUUUUCUCAAGAGUUGUGUGUACAUAUAUUCAUUCGGCAGGUAAACAAAAAAUUGCGCUGUUGUCUUCUGUAAUUUUCAGCCACAUUUCAUUGUGGUUGAGAAGAGCAAGGAGGAAAAAAAGAAAGAUGUGUAUAAUGUUAAAAUUUGAAAGAAUAAUUUGUACUACUUUGAAA